UUUAUUUUGUCUGUUUGGUGUUUCUUCAGGUUUAAAUGUGUAAUAACGGUGGUUUUUUAACUGUUUAAUAUCUGUAAAAGUGCACAAAUGUGGGAAAAUGAAACAAAGCUGCUGGACGUAGCUUCCCAGUAUCCUCCAAAAAGUCCAUUGAAAAAAUCUUAGUAAACGACCACAAUUUUACUGAGAUUGUAUUUCAUCCCAUAUCACCUCAUCUCAUCUCAUUUAAUUUCAUCCCAGUUAAUUAAUGUCUCAAAUUAAUCAUCUUCAUUUUUCAUAAAAAUAAGAAUAUAAAUUUAAAUAAGAUAUGACUUAAAAGUCUUAGUUACCAGGUCAUAAAAUCCCUUAAAAAAAGUUUUAACUUUUGACAUUUAUAUUUUAUUGUUUUGAUGUGUGCCCUUUUUAUUUUUUUAUUUGUGAAAGUUAAAGUAAAUAAUAAAAUAUUCAUUAAUUAUAAUUUGGUUUUGAUUUUUAAUUUCAUUUGAGUUUGUCUUCGUAGGCUACCUUAAUAUCACCAGAUAAAACAUGGAUGGUCAAGAUCAGCUGGAAAUGAAGUUCAGCAGUGGGAGUGAUGUAGGUGGACUAGAGCUCUGUAUAGUUUGUGGAGACCGAGCAUCUGGAAGACAUUAUGGUGCUAUUAGUUGUGAAGGCUGUAAAGGCUUUUUCAAGCGUUCAAUCAGAAAGAAGCUCGGGUACCAGUGUCGAGGUACUAUGAACUGUGAAGUGACCAAGCAUCACCGGAACCGGUGCCAGUACUGCAGGCUGCAAAAGUGUCUUGCUUGCGGGAUGAGGAGCGACUUCCAGCACGAACGGAAGCCGAUCGUCGACAAGAACAAGUCGGAGCCGCGGGACGGGCUGGCCGACCGGCAGGCCGCCUACUCCAAGCUGCUGGGACUCGCGGGCCAGGCUCCCAGCGCACAGCUGACCCCCAAGGAGGAGGCGGGCGAGGCGUUCGGCGCCGUGUCCCCCGCGCCCGCCAUCAACUUCGCCCUGGCCGCCGCCGUCGCCUUCAACAAGAACUCAGUGUCUCCGUACCUGAACCCCGGCAGUCCUGGCGACAUGGAGGGUGCCCGCAGACAACAGAUCAUGCUGCAAACGCAAUUAGCCAAGAAUCUCUUCAAAAUGGGACAGUUUGGAGCCAUCAACGAGUACCUGCAGUCGGCGUACGGCGCCGCGCCCGAGCCCCCGCCCCCCGCCGACGACGCGCGCCCCGACGAGAUGGAGGUGUGCUCGGUGCUGGUGCCCGGCGGCGGCGCGCUGCCCCUGCACGCCGCCUGCGAGAGCGCCGCGCGCCUGCUGGCCGCCACCGCGCGCGCACUCGCCGCGCUGCCCGCCGCCACCGCGCUGCCGUUCGAGAUCCAAGUGACGCUGUUCAAGAAGUCGUGGGCCGAGCUGUUCGUGCUGGGUCUGUGCAAGUUGUCGCACGAGAUGUCCCUGGGCACGCUGCUGCCGAGCAUGGCGGGGCACCUGCACGCCGUGCUGCGGGAGCGCGCGUCCGGCGCCGCAGCCGCGCACGCACCGCUCGACGACCACGCGCCCGAGAUCAGCGUGUGGGACUACACGGACGAGCGGAUAGCGGAGAUCAUCUCGCUGCUCAGCCGCCUGCAGCAGCUCGUGGCCGCCAUGGAGCAGCUGCGGGUCACCGACCGCGAGUACGCGCAGCUGCGGGCGCUCUGCUUCUUCUCGCCCGACGGCGCCCCGGCGUGCGCGGCGGCGCGGCUGGAGGAGGCGCAGGCGCGCGUGUCGCGGGCGCUGGGCGGCGGCGGGCGGGCGGCGCGCCUGCUGCUGCAGCUGCCCGCCCUGCGCGCCUUCCCGCCCGCCUUCAUAGAGGACGUGUUCUUCGUGGGCUUCCUCGGAGACGUCUGCAUCGACGACGCCAUCCCCUACCUGCUCAACGCCGAACGGUGAGGACCCCUAACGUUUACUUCAAUUAAACAAUUAGGACAAUAGAUACAAAUAGUAAGUACUAGCUGUACCUCGCUGGGCAUUUAAAAUUAACAUUAUUAUUUCUCACCCCCACAAAGACUCUCAUCAUUAACGCCCUCGCAACUGGUGUAGGGAGUCCAACACUCAUAUAAAUAUUAGCCUAUCCAUUAAUUACAUGUAUUUUCUACAUGGAUACCAAGUUUCAAGUCAAUCGGAUGCACGGUUCAGUAGUUAUAACGGAACUUCCCUAAAAACCACUGUAGAUUUAUAUAUUAAUAUAGAUUACUAGUACUAUUAUGUAAAAUUUGAAAUCGUCGAGAUCUGACUUUAUACCGUUCGCUUUGAGAAACAUUGUCAAGCUUUUCCUAUAUUUUGAAUUGAUUAUAGAAGUGAUUACUCCCCCUCUCCCCACAAUGAUUGCAUUUCAUUAGUAACUAAUAUCAAUAUUAAUGAUCAAAAGAGAAAUAUUGCUUGCAUUAAAUAUCCAACAGCUGAUUCGCGCACUGAACACAAUUAUAUUAAACUAAACGACGAAGCUUGGCGAUGUUUCCACAGCUCCCGAAGGUCGUAUGUUAUAAUAACAUGCCCUCAGAGCAAAUUCCUUAAAUAAUUUGAAGAGAAAAUAAUAAUAAUGUGCCUUAAUGUAAAAAAUAUAUUUGGCUUGUGAUAAAUUGAUAUACACAGUAAAUCUAUUAAUGAUGGACAGUAAUUAUUAUCUUUAUUAAAUAAUAAUAAUAUUUUAUGUUAAAUAAGAAAUUGAGAAUAACUAAUACUUUAUUUUAGCAAUUAUACUUUAUUAUAACUUUAUAAAUGAAUGUUUUAAAAUGUAAUUCAAUGGGAUAACUUUGAAAGUGAAUAAUGUAAUAAAUAUUUAUCCUUAUACAACACACUGAACGGAGUGAAUCAACUUAGUUUUAAAGGCAUUAAUAUAAUUUAUAUAGAUCUCUACAAACGAAGAGGUCACUAAUUUUGUGUGAAGUCAGCAUUAAUAUAUGACAAUAAUAUGGCUCAAAUUUAUAAAUUAAUUAAAAAGUAGACCUUUUACCUGCUGUUGUCAUAGAUAAAUAUAUUCGUUGUGGUAUCUGAUUGAAAUUUGAUAUUUUUUGAUUCAAUAAAGUGUUUCUAUACCUAAUAUUUGCAUGUUGCUCGUUGUGGCCUUGAUAAAUUUACAUAAUAUUAAGAUUUUAAUUAUAGAUUAAUUAAACUCGUAUGUCUUCCAAAUUAAUUAAUGUAGUUGUUUAUUAUACCUUAUUAAAAUAUUCAAUGUAAUUGUUUUAAUGAUUCAUAAAAAUAGACAAUAUGACUGAUGUAGCUAGUGAUCAUAGUCAGACAACAAUGAAAUAUUAUUUGUCUGCUUGUGACCAAAAUUAAAAUUAGUUUACGUAACUUCAAAAUUUGUUUCAAGAAGUCAUGUCUAGUCGAUUUGAUUCCGGAUUACAAAUAUAGAACGCAGGUAACUGAGACAGGCUGUAAAUAACUUUGAUAUGAAUAAAAUUGUUUUUCGAUUGAAUUUCUACUAUUAAUUUUCAAAAAUACACAUUAAACGCUUAUAUUUCUUUUCCUACUUAAUAGUUCAAAAUUAUUCGAAUGAAGCAAUAGGGUAAUUAUUUUUAGAUAAAAAUUAUGUUUAGAGGCUCUAAAUCUUCUGUGACCUUAGAGGUUUUAAAGAAAUGGUGUAGACAGUAAAUGUAUUUAAGACUUGAAUAUCUUGAUGCCGUCCUUAAAUGUAAUAUUUCUAUUAUUUUGUAAUACAUUUAGAAAAAUGUAUAUACAUAUUUUUUAUGUUUUGUUCAAACUGUUCAUUUGUCAAAGAGUAAAUUUUUAUCUGUAAUCGCCAAUCACCUUGUUCUCUGGUUCUAAGAUAUAUACAAAUACGAUUAACAUCAGUUAACAGUAGCUGCUUAAAACUUAAAAACUAAGAAUUUAAAUAUGUUUUAAUUUAUAAUUUUAAUACAACGAUAACUUUGUAAGCUUUCCUUGAAAAUUCAUAUUAUAUUUUCAACUUUAACACAUACACAAACUAAUUAGGGAUUUUGUACACAUUAUCUUAGUGUACUAUUUUAUAAAUAUAUUUUUAAGACUA